UCUCAUCUGAAUUUUCUGCAAGAGCAUUUGCAGGAGUAGGCACAUCGCGACGUGCUUCGGCUUCAGGCACGUCCCCGCACGAGCAGUUCUCUAGCGAGCUAGCUACCCCAAACGUCAUCGCAUCCCGCGGUCCAUAGCACCUGACAACGCCCACUUCUGCACAACCAUUCGUUCACACUGCGUCGCCGAGCCUUAUCGGAAUUGCGCGCUAGAGAUCUAGCUGUAGUGGGCCAUUUCGGGCCUGUCGGUGGGAAUAAAAGUGUCCUUGUAUAAGUGCUCCGCGUCCCGCCGCAAUGCGCUCCUUUGCAGCUUGUACAAGAGCAAUUGCGAGACAGAACGGUUUCCGAAGUUACAUACAGAGAAGCUCCCUGCCUGUCAUACUUCAGAGAUCUUACGCGAUGGGUCACUCAGUGCCGCAGCUCAACGACAAGUCGCUACUCAAGGAGGCGCAGACUUAUGUCAACGGAGAAUGGAUAGCUGCAAAGUCGGGCAAGACCUUCGAGGUCCAUGACCCCGCGACCGGCAAGACGAUAGGCACACAACCCGAGAUGGACCGCGCCGAUACCGAGGCUGCCAUCGCAGCUGCCGCCGCAGCUUUUCCCGAAUGGCGCAAAACCACCGGCCGCCAGCGAUCGAAGCUGCUACGAAAGUGGUACGAUUUGAUGAUUGAGAACGCCGAUGACCUCGCAAAGUUGAUAACGUGGGAGAAUGGCAAGCCGAUUGCCGAUGCGAAGGGUGAGGUCACAUACGCGGCGAACUUCUUUGAGUGGUUCGCCGAGGAGGCACCCAGGACAUAUGGCAGCACCAUUCCCGCGAGUGUCGCUGGAAACAGGGUCUUCACCAUCAACGAGCCUGUUGGUGUUUGCGGUCUCAUUACACCAUGGAACUUCCCAGCGGCCAUGAUCACCCGUAAGAUUGGUCCUGCUCUCGCAGCUGGCUGCACAGUCGUAGCAAAGUCUCCCGGUGAGACACCAUUCACAGCAGCCGCCCUCGCAGAACUCGGCCACCGAGCCGGUAUUCCCAAGGGUGUCAUCAACUUCGUCACAGCGCUCAAGAACACCCCUGAGAUUGGCGAAACCAUCACCUCCUCCAGGACGGUGAAGAAGGUCUCCUUCACAGGGUCCACAGGCGUAGGCAAGCUCCUCAUGAAGCAAUCGUCCGACACCAUCAAGAAGCUCUCCUUCGAGCUCGGUGGCAACUCACCCUUCAUCGUCUUCGACGACGCUGACCUCGACGCCGCCGUAACCGGCGCUAUAGCGUCCAAGUUCCGCUCGUCAGGCCAGACCUGCGUUUGCGCCAAUCGUAUCUAUGUCCAGUCUGGCAUCUACGACGCCUUCGCGGAAAAGUUCGUCGAGAAGGUCAAGGGCUUCAAGGUCGGCGGCGGCUACGACGAGGGCGUCACCCACGGCCCGCUCAUCCACGACCGCGCCGUCUCAAAGGUAGAAGCGCACGUGCGCGACGCAGAGAAGCAGGGCGGAAAGAUCCUCAUCGGCGGCCAGAAGCUGCCGGACCUCGGCAGCAACUUCUACCAGCCCACUGUCAUCCGUGACAUGACGGCCAACAUGCAGCUCGCCAACGAGGAGACUUUCGGCCCUGUUGCAGGCCUCUUCAAGUUUGAGACUGAGGCUGAGGUCAUUGAAUUGGCUAAUGCGUCGGACGUUGGUCUUGCCGGAUACUUCUUCAGCCGCGAUGUACAGCGGUGUUACAGGAUCGCUGAGGCGCUUGAGGUUGGUAUGGUGGGUGUAAACACCGGAUUGAUCUCUGACCCUGCAUCGCCUUUUGGCGGUGUCAAGGAGAGUGGGUUCGGACGCGAGGGAAGCAUGUUGGGUAUCAAGGAGUACGAGGUCACCAAGAUGGUCACUCUUGGUGGGAUGGGAGAGUCGCUCCAGGGCUCAUGAUAGUAUCUACCUUGUGAAAAGUUUUCUCGUACAUAGUUUUGAGUUUUGCUUGCGCAUUACAUGGAUAUUCGUGGUGAGGUCACUCGAUAUUUACACACGCGUACACAUCUCAGUAUCAACACACAUGCAACGCACA